AUUAGCGGGGCGCAAGGCAUCUAGUAGUAGUUGCUUAAUGGGUGUUUCAACGAUGGGUAUUUCAAUUCGAUCCGCGCAUGUUCGUGCUAUUAGCAUUAUGUUGUAUUUUAGUUGACGAAUCUCUUUUUCUCUUAUUCAAUCUCUCGCAGCUAGAUGAGGCAGACAGUAAUGACAUUCCUGGUGAAGUUUGGGGAGGCCAGUGGCCGGACAGAGGGCUGAAAAAGACCGAUAACUUCGGCAUGCCCUACUUGCAUGUCUAUGAUUUCUAUCUGGGAGCUGGGCUAUCCAGGCAACAAGUCAAGAGAAGUCAACUACAGACUACACCCUCGGAUUCCUACUCGGUCAAAGCCUCCAAGAUGACAGCAACACCGCCACAGCAACAGUAGCCGCAACGUCACCACACUACCCUAUGGGAAGUUACCAGGAAAGCGGAAUCACAUGGACCUAGCAACGGCAGACUGGAAGAACGAUGGGGGAUCGGGGAUCUUGGAUCCGCG